AUGAGUACGUCUGGGUCACCCCCGGGUCGAUGUCAGGAAUUAGAAGCUUCGCGGCUUCCGCCGCCUUCGCCGCCUCAGCCCACGACUACACCGACGGCGUCUCCGCCGAUCGCGCCUCCGCCGCGGGCGCUCCUGCCGCCUCCACCGCCACCGGUCCGAUUUCCUGCUCCGUGCGGGCGCCUCUCGCCACCACCUCGUCGGCCCCACCUCCGGCCGCCACAGUCGCCGCCGCCGCUGCGUUCGUCCGCGCUGCCGGAACCGAUGGACACUGAGGUUGCCGUCACGCCGCCGCCCCCACCGCCGCCAUCGCCGUCGCCCAUGGAGCAUACCCAGUGGCGGUACACAUCCCUGUCAGGUUUUCAACGGGGCGCUUUCUUCACCCCCUCGCGACCAAUUCGAGAAUGCAGGAGGGCAGCAUGCCCUGGCAGUUCCGCUGCCCGCCCACGCGGCUGCGCCGCCCCUGGGUCACUCCACCAGCUGUCAGAAGCCUCACUCCACGACGGUGCGCCGUUUCAGGGGGGAGGUGUGUGGUAUCGAUAG